AUGUGGAUUCUCGAUUCGACGGGGGAUUUUCUGAACGGGAAGCGUGUGUGGUUGCGACCCGGGAAGAAGUACCUCUUCGGUCGAAUCAAGCAGGAUGGUGUUCUCCAUGCCGUCGAUCAUAAAACGAUCUCCCGCAGACACAUCGUGAUCCAAGUGUUUGAAGUCCGCGAUGGAGAUGGAACUCGCACGCAUGCACGAACGCAGAUUCGCAUUACCGAUCUCGGAUCGUCCCGCGGAACAACGGUGGAUGGAGAACAAAUCAAAGGACAGGAGCGCGUCUUGAGCGGGGAUGAGCACACUAUCCAGCUGGGUAAAGCUCCAGAUGCUCUACGUAUAAAAUGGGAGUCAGUGGUACUGAGUUUCUCGUUCUCUACCAAGGAGAUGAGAGCUCAAGACCCUCUGGCCAAAGUUCGCUCACGGCUCGAAGCCCUCGACAUCAAAACCGUGAUUGAUUACCUUGUCGGCCAUACGACACAUGUGGUCCAGAGCAAGCGUAAUACGGCGAAGGGCCUGCAAGCGCUCAUCAAUGGCAAAUUCAUUGUGCAAAACUCCUAUAUUGAUGCACUGGUUUACGCUGCCUCUCCUAGCGACCUUGAGAACGAGGAGUCGUUAUCACCAUUGGAGAUGGAUUUCGAAUCAUCGUGGCCAGAUCCGAUGGAGCAUCUUCCCCCUGCUGGUAAUGAGCCGACCAGCCGUUCCGCGGUUGCUUUUGCUCCCAACGCUUCCCGAAUCAAUGUCUUUGAAGGAUACACAUUCGUGUUCGGUGAUGCUGCUCAGUUUGCCAAUCUCCAAGCCGCCAUCAACAAUGGUCAAGGAAAGGCACUCUUUUAUGAGGUCAAAGAUGGAGAGACUACAGCAGCAGAAGUCAUCCAGUUCAUGAAACAAGCUGCGAGCUACAAGGGUCGUGGGACUCCGGAUGGUGUUGUCCUCGUGCGUUUUCGCUCAAAGGGCGAGUAUGAGCAGUGGUCCAUUGAGGUUGGCAAUGACGUUGCCCUAGCGAUGGACCGACGUGUGAUUGAGCAGAGAGAGUUUCUCGAUGCCAUCCUCGGGAACGACGCUUCUCCGCUUUGUCGCCCUCUUCCCCGUGAGGAAGGAUCAAGUCAGGUCUCUGUGGCUGCCACGCCAUCAGAACCCGAGCCAACGUCUGCAACUCCUCCCCCGGAGGCAACACAGUCAAGAUCCAGGUCAAGAGGGCCUCGAGUACGCCCCUUCGUGAGCAAGAUGAAGACCUUCGAUGACGGUUUUGACAUGGAUUCCAUCCCAGUCCAUACACCCGGUGUUGACGACGCCACUGACACUCAACCAAUGGAAAUGGAGGCACAUGAACCCACCCAGGCCAUCCAGCAUCUCAAUACAGUUGAAGAGGUCGAGGAGGACAUGGUGUCCGAUCUGCUGCCCGGCGCACGUGCAAUGAAACGCCGACGAGAAGAAAUGGGCGAAGACCGCCACAGUGGCAGAGCAACCUGCGUGAAGACUGAGGUUCCCAAGCCGAAGCGGCCCAAGCUGGACGUAUUGGAGGCGGCACGAAAGCAUCGAGAAGAAGAAGAAGAAAGACAGCGGCAGGAGGCAGAAAAUCUACACGGAUCCCAGGAUGUGAAUGUCGAAGAACUCAAGAAUCUCGCCAUCAUCGAAGAGAUGGAUGUUCGUCUCCGCGAGCCACCCGCACGACAAAGUGAGGACCCGGAUAGAUGGGAUGAGAGAUGGAAUGGCCGCAAGAACUUCAAGCGAUUUCGACGCAAAGGAGAGUCGCAGCAUUCCCGCCAGCGAAUCCAGAGCGUCAUUGUCCCCCUGGAAGAGGUGACCCGAAAAGACUACGGUAUCGGCGAAUACCGCUGGGUCGGCAACAGCAAGACACCCGAGGUCAGCCAACCGGUAGAGCGCGAAGAACCAGCUCCCAGUCGUGAGGAGCCCGCUUCAUCGCGAUCAGAACUUUCGGGGGCAGCUUCGGUGACUCCAGAUCCGACUUCCUCACAACCAAGCUUGUCUCGUGCUCGCAGUCAGAAGCGACCGCGACAGACCCAUGAUUCGGAUAGUGACGAAGAGCUUCGUUUCCGAUUCAGGCGGAAGCGUUAG